CGCAGCACGGGUGGGCAUCAAACUAGUUGGUUUUGAAGAAAAAUGGGGGUAAGGACUAAACAAACUGAAAUUCUUUUUUUUUUUUAACCAAAAGAAACUGAAAUUCUUAAACCACUAAACCCUAUUCUACUCCAUCAAUAUAUCUCGUUCCUUCAUCAACAUUGUUAAAUAAAUGGUGUUUUGUGAUAAUUGUUGGAAAGACGUUGAUGGGGACCAAAUCGAGGAUUCUGCCUUAUUUUGUGAUGAAUGUGGGAAGCUAUUGGAAGAAUGCUUUUUUGAUGACAUAGAUGCUGCUAGAAAUGUUGUGGCUGACGACGACUACCUUAAGCAAGAGUAUAUAAAGGAACUAGCUGCCAAAGAAAAAAUUGCUAAGAAAGCUUUUGAGGCGUUUGUCCGAAACUGUUCUAAUGAUUUGUCUGCAGCAAGAGACGAACUUGCUCAAUCUGCUGUUGAAUCUCUCGCAAAAUCCAGAAAGGAAUUGAGGCAGAAACGAGCUCAAGAGGCAACACGUUCGGGUCUUGCUCAAUCAGCUGUAGAGGCAACUAGUCGAAUAUUGAAAACAAAGAGGCUCAGCUCCAAAGUCAAUUCCGAUGUCUUGGCGAAAUUAUUUGAUAAACCUAAAGCUCGAAAGAAGCGCAAGAAAGUACGGUUUGAUUUACUCUCAGACAAUGAUGAUAAUUUUGAAUUGAAGUCAAAGCAUAAGUAAAGGACAAUGAAUUGGAACCAACCAAUGAGUUCGUGGAUGAUGUUUAUAUGGUGAUUCUUGGAGAACCGAUAAAUGUAGUUCACCAUGUUAGCCUUCACCGAUAUAUCUUCUGAAAGACCGUCACAAAUGAAAUGAAUCAAUGUCUUCGCUUACUGGGCUACUCCAAUUUUCAUGAGAUUAGGAUCAUUCAACGUUCAGAGACAGGUGAAGUGUGUGUAGGUGGAGGAACAAAUUUGCGUUAGUGUUUUUUCGACUUCGGGUUUAUUAAUCUCACUUGGUUUGGUUUCAGUUUCUUCUCCCUUAUGUGGUUAAUUAAACAUUCAUUUGUUAAGUGGUUAACCCUUAAAUUAUGAAUUUUGUUUAAUGGUUAAA